GAAAGCGCGCAGGUUGCUCCGAGGCGCUGGGCUCCGGCUUGUCCGUUUCUGGAGCUGGCGCUUCGGGGGACCCACAAAAUGUGACUCACCGCCUCGCUGGCGGCGCGCGGAUUGUGACUCUCUCGCCGGGUAUUGCCCUGCUUGCUGCACGAGCGACUCUUUCUGCAGGCGGGACAUGUUUUGAGGCUGCACAUGUCUCGAAAGGUCCUGUGAACAUCAAUACUUACAGAGGUUCUGCUAGUUAUCCAGUUUCUGGAUUUCAAGGUACCUUCAGGAUCACCUACAGUACUCCCAUCAGUAUCAGCCUGACCAAUUCAAUCUAUCAGAGAGAAACCGCUGCAAACCCCACACUUUCAGAAGGUUCAGGAAUCAAGUUUCUGCCCAAGCCACCAAGUACCUGUGAGUCACCAUGGCAACCAAGCAGCCUCCCCCUUUGAUGAAGAAGCACAGCCAGACAGACCUUGUGAGCCGUCUGAAGACAAGGAAGAUCUUAGGUGUUGGUGGGGAGGAUGACGAUGGCGAGGUUCAUAGGUCAAAGAUCAGUCAAGUCUUGGGCAAUGAAAUAAAGUUUGCAGUGAGGGAACCUUUGGGACUCAGGGUUUGGCAGUUUGUCUCAGCCAUCAUAUUCUCUGGGGUUGCCAUCAUGGCUCUCACCUUUCCAGAUCAGAUUUAUGAUGCUGUCUUCAAGGAAGAGGUAGUCAACAGUAAAAUGCCUAUCCGUCUCUAUGGAGGAGCUUUACUUAGCAUCUCACUCAUCAUGUGGAAUGCCCUCUACACAGCUGAGAAGGUCAUAAUCCGUUGGACCCUACUGACUGAAGCUUGUUACUUUGGAGUACAGUUCCUGGUGACUGCAAUCACCUUGGUUGAAAGUGGCCAAGUGUCCAUGGGAGCCACAUUUCUUCUCACCAGCCGGGCCCUCUUUGUACUUAUCAGCAUUUAUUACUACUAUCAAGUUGGACGCAGACCCAAGAAAGUCUAAUUGCCCGAACUUUGUGGCCAGGGGGUGGGGUGGGGGGGACUUGAUUGAUUUGGAAGGACUGGAGAUUCUUUUCUAUUUUUUUUUCUUUUUUCUUUUCUUUUCCGCAAUUCUUUUUGUUCACAUUAGUGCAUCGUCUUUAAAAGCAGGAGUCAUUAUGGCAUGCAUCAAUGUAUCAGUCCAGUGCUGGUCUCCCUGCUACAGCAGACAAAAAAAAAAGAAAAGAAAAGAAAGAUCAAAGCCAAGCUCCUUCCUGCCCGAUGUCUGUUUGGAAAGGACAGAGAUAAUGAGGCCUGCUAAGAGUAUGGGGGAAGGUGAUUCCCAAUUGUUAGCCAACUUACUCUGUAAAACUAGACAGUGGCCCAAGGUUUCCCAUUCUGUUAUCCUCCAGGCCCACUAGACUGAACAUCUGUCACAACAGCCAGUGCAGGCUGGGGAUGAUGAGAGUUGAAGUCCGACUGUUAGGAGGACCCUAGACUUGGAAAGGAAGUUGGAGCAGCCAUUCAAGGUUUACAUGCACAGACAUAGCGAUGAGGUAUUGCAUUAAAAUUGCAGUGGAUGUCUUAAGUAUAUUCCUCCUUUUCACUUGUCAGUUGUGAUUGGAGCUCUUAUCAGGUCUGCCUGCUAAGAUCUUACAGCCAGGGCUGAAACAAUGUUUUGCCUUCUUGGGGAAUCCCAAGGCCACAUUAUAUGGAAUUCUUAGAAAGUUGUAUAUUGACACCUUUUAGUGUAUCUCUUAGAUGUUGGUAUCACGACCAUACAUCUGAACCCUUGAGCAUAAAGUAUAUUAAUUUAAAAAGAGAUUCUGGCUCUUUUGAAGGAAGCCUCAAUCUGCUACUGCUGCUAAAUGUGCCUUUUUAUUUUCUGUCAUCUUUUCUCCCCGCCUUCUCUGCUGCUGGCCAGUUAGUACUGUUCUAGUGAUAAGCUGUUUGGCUUGUUUUUUAAAGUAUUAGUUGUUACUGAAAUACUCUCAGAUGAUUCUAGGAAGAGGAACAGUGGAAGAGGAAACCUGAAAUCAUGAUUUCACAGGCUUUUUUAAUGACAAAAAUAAAAACACAGGGAAAUGCAUUAUAUUUACCAGUUUUUACAAAUUAUUGUCAAGUGUUAGUCCUCUUAAAGUGCAAAUGAAUACCUCUGCACAAGAACUUGGUUAUAAAUAAGUACCUAAAAUGGCAUAGUAAAUAUUGAUCAUGUCUAGGUUAGUUUGUAUUGUAUAUGCUGGAAUGAUUUGUGAAUGUAGAAACUUCUGGUUUUGGUGGUCUUUUCAUCCUUCUUGAAAUGGAAAGAUCAGUUAAAUUAGUGUGUAUGUGCAUGUAUGUGUCUAGGAGCACAGAGGGGGAAAUUACAACUGAUUCUGGUCAUUUCCCAUGUUUGGCAGUUAGCUCCAAAACUGGAUUGCACCCUAUUACCAUGAACUAAACCACUCAGUUUACUGAGUGAACUGUGACUCUGCAAGGAUGCCCUCAGAGAUGUUUGCAUAUGGAUUGCCCUCUCUGCUAUCUGCAAGAGGCUGUUAGCCUAGAACAAAUUGAUUUCUCCUGGGGUAGGGAUGAGCCCAAUCAAGGUUAUGUGGGAUACUUCCUAUAUUGACUCUCUAAUGGUUGCCAAUUGCAAAUGGAAGUCCUAGCAUUUCCUUUUAACCAUUCUGUUAUUUAACCAAAAGAGAUGAAUAUAAGCUGACUUCUUCAGACUCAAAUCCAAAGUUCUUAACAAUAUGAAAAAAGGACAAACAUAGUUUAAGAGAAAUCAUGCUCCAGGUAUAUCCACGAGUCUACCCCAACUGUAAUUCAUUGUGUUCCAUCAACCAAAUAAAGCAAAUUUGCUUUUUUCGUGCCCUCUUGCUCCCAUCAAAACUUUGGGAAAAUCUGCAGAUAAUUUUAAAUAAAAUCAGGAAUUGUUUGCUAUUUCCAUACAAACCACAAACUUAUCCAUCACUUCAAGAUGAGAUCUAGCAGUUUAACUUUUAGUUUUUAAUCAGUUCCGUAAUGAGUUUCAUGCUUUUUCCCCCUUUCCUUAUGGUUUCCCCCUUUCCUUUAUGGUGGUUUUUGUGUUUUGCCUUCUAUUGAAUUUACACCCAAGUAACUGUCAUCUUGAAAUGGAUUGCAAGAAUUUUAUUAACAUGUAUCUGCUAAGAUGGACCAAACAUUUUGGACUGGGUACAGUGACUCUCAGAAAAGGGCAUAUGGCUUGUACUGUGGAAACACCUGAUUGCAUCCAUAAAACUAUGGAUCAUAUUGAAGACUGAAGUAGCAUCUUUUCAUUUACAAAAACAACUAAUGAUGUUUGGAAAGUUUAAGGACUUAUUCAUGGAUGGUUGAUAAUGUGUGCUGAUUUUGCCUACUGCGAUCUUUCCUUUCCUCCCCAACUAUUCCCAACACUGCUACCUUGAUCAACUUCUGGCAUUAACUAACUACAUGCAUGAACUUGGACUACCAUGUGUGCUGUAGCUGAAGACCAUACAAAAACCAUGAAUCAAAUAGAAAUUCUUAAAUUAUUUGACUUUAUGAUAAAAGUGGUGAUUCAAGUGGUGAAUUUAGAAUUAAGAGAUAAUGCCUGGUGAGAUUAAACUCCUCUAUAGGAAUAAAUUUGUUAAUGCUCCUUUCAGUUGUUAAAGUUCUUAGUCUGUAGAAAAGGUGGUCUGUACACAUAGUGAAAUAAGCAUGAUUCCAAGCAGUUACCAUCUGGCAUCGAGCAUUUUGUUCCAAGGCAGAAAAUGGAAUUAGAGAAAGGAACACUUUUCAACAAUGCUUUCAUCUGGUCUCCAAAUCUUUGAGCUGGACUUUGAUGGAAAGGAUAGGAAUUAUAUGCACUUAUGAAUCAAUGAUAUUUCCAUCAUAAAUAUGAUUCAUUAGCUUAUUAAAAUUCAUAACUGUUGCCCCUUGACCAAGGCUCACUUUAAGGCAUUUCAAACUAGUAAUACAGAUAGUAAAGAACUGCCACCUACUGUAAGUGUCCAUGUUCUAUUAUCAUAGAUUUUGUUAGGCUUUUCCCCUAUAUUUGUGAAUCCAAGAGGGGUGUGUAUAAAUUGGGUACCGUGCAACAGAAUGGUAGACGAAUAUCCUUUGAUAUAUAUGGUUUCUCAGUCCCAUGGAAAUGUUACCUUGUAUCAGUGGUGCGAAAGGCACGUACUCAGCAGACUGGGACAGCUACGUUUGUGUCAUGUUGGAUAAUAAAGUCCAUUGGUCUGAUGUAUGGUAAGGGAAGGUUUUCACCCCAGGUCACAGUAACAGUGGCUUCAGCAUUGACUGAGGUUUUGCUUAAAGUUCAAACACUUGCCUGCCCCUCUGAAAUCAUAUAUGGUCAGGAUUCCAUGAAUAUGCUAUUAAAAGCUGUAAACUGUUCCAUUGAACUAAAGAAAUGUGGACCAUCAACACUUUACAUGCUACAGGAAAGCAGCAGUUGAAUGUAGAUUACUGAAUAAAAGUACUCAUAGGCUUCCCAGGUGUGUGAAAAUCAAAUUGAAAGGAAGCUAAUUGAAUGGAAGCUAAUCAAUAAUCUCAGGAAGCACCCAGACUUUAUUAGCCCUUCAAUUAUUUUUGCAUCAGUAAUCAUUAGGUAAGCAGUAGACCAGCAAGCUCUUUUUUUUAUUUACAAAGUUCCAUAUGCCUGCUAGCUCCAACAAAAUCUGGAAUUAGUAAAAGAAAUCAUUAACAAUUGAAAAACCCUUACAGGCACCUUGUCAUAAAGCAUACUCCUCUUGUACCAUCUGCAGCCUUUAGAAGAGAAGGACCAUCUGGGGUGCUUGGUCAUCUCUUUGCAAAAAUUAUUUUGUAAAGUGGUAAAAGCUUUCUAAGUGUUAAAAGUCAUGUGAAGUUUGCAUUCAGUUAUAAGUUUAUCAUCUGUUACUAAACCAAUUUGCCUUUGGUCUUUCUUUAAUAUGAGAAAGCCUAACUGACAAUAGUAUUUUUAACAAUACUCCUUAACAGCCAGAAAUGGUUGUGAAGGAUGAGCAAGUUCUAGCAGGACUUUUGAGAAGUUUUGUAACUGGAGUAAUUCCAAAAAAAAAUAGAGCACAUCCUAAAGUUUUUCACAUAUACAGCAGAACUGAAGCAAAACAGCAAGUAGUAUGGGUAUUGUUGCUGCAACAGUAAAACGCUGAUAGGAUUAGGUGCAUAUUCAGGAUUUGAGGCUAAAGACAUAAAGGAUGGAAAGUUAGCUGCCAACCUUUCUUCCAUCAUUCCUUAUCUCCACCUUUCAUCUUGUGACUAUGUUUCAUGUGGUCUUGGUUGGUUGUUCAUUACUACACUUGUAGGACAACCAUUCCCAGAGGCUAUAGGCAGUUAAUGAUGAACAAUGGAAAAAGAACCCUAUAACCAAAUACCAGCAGAAACAAAAUCCCUAAAAUAAAACUACGCUCCACCUGCACAUUAUAAAACUCCCCCCUCCUGUACCAAUUGGAAGAAAAAGGUUUUUACAAGUUUCCUAAAGCGCCAGAGGUAUGAAGCACAUUGAAGUGCAACCAGGAGGACAUUCUAAAGAAUGGGGGCAGCGAUGGAAACCCACUCCCUCGGGCCCCAUCAGAUGACAAACAGUUAAUGAAGGUUGUAACCUCACCCCUCUGCCUGUAUACUUUUCCCCUAUAAAAUUUUGCUGUUACUGUUUGCUGUUACAAUUUUAGCGCUGUUUCAAAAAUACCUGAACAUUGUUCAGAUAUUAUCUCAGUCAGGAGAAAAACACAAUGCAAUACCAUGUGGUCCAGCACCUUUGGACUUGCAGGACGUCAGGAAGAGGAAGAAAAGGCCCUUCCUCUUCUUGGAAUCAGGAAUGUAUCGAGGUUGUGCAGCAACGAGACAUGAUGACUUGGAAGGAUGUUACCGGCAGCUAGGUAGGUAUCCCUCACACACAACACACUUAGCCUGGUUACUGGAUUAACUCUUUUUUGGGGGGAGGGGAACAUUGUUGUCUCAUAAUAUAUUGAUUCGUUCAUCCACCAAAUAGGCCGGCUUCAUAAAACAUGCUAAGCCAUAGAAAAAAGUAACAUCAAACUUAGCAUGUCAUGUGCUUACAUCUGCUGGGUCUUUAUCUGAUAUCACAGUGUUUUUCAAC